AUGUCUGGUCCUGCUUCGUCUAUGAUGAGACAGGCAUCGAGAGCCUGUGCUCGAAGGCUUACUUCAUCACCAUCUCUUCCUUCGUCGCAUUUGCGAGCUGCUUCCAUCGCAACUCCGCGUCGCCACUAUGUCUCCGAGUCGAAGCCAUCAAAUGCCCAGGUCUCCGACAUCGAUGCAGCCAUCAAAGCAGACCAGAAGAAAUUUAUUCAACAGAGCGGCAAUGCUCCCUCAGACGUCAACGUCCCGGGAACCAAUAUGAGUGCCGACACAAUGAUGAGUCCAUCUGCUGGGAUUUUGAAGCAAGCCACAGUCAUGGACCAGGGUACUCGUCCCAUCUAUCUCGAUGCCCAGGCUACUACACCUGUCGACCCCAGAGUCCUCGACGCCAUGCUACCCUUCCUUACUGGCCUGUACGGCAAUCCCCAUUCACGGACACAUGCUUACGGGUGGGAGAGCGAGAAAGCUGCGGAACAGGCAAGAGAACAUGUCGCCAAGCUCAUUGGUGCUGAUCCAAAAGAAAUCAUCUUCACCAGUGGCGCGACUGAAAGCAAUAAUAUGAGCAUCAAGGGCGUCGCCAGGUUUUUCGGCAGGUCAGGCAAGAAGAGACACAUCAUCACCAGCCAGACAGAGCAUAAAUGUGUCUUGGACAGCUGUCGCCACCUACAAGACGAGGGGUUUGAAGUCACAUAUCUUCCAGUCGACUCAAACGGCUUGAUCAGCUUGCAGCAACUGGAAGAGGCCAUUAGGCCUGAGACCGCCCUCGUCAGCAUCAUGACCGUCAACAACGAAAUCGGCGUCAUUCAGCCCAUGAAAGAAAUUGGCCAGCUUUGCCGGUCAAAGAAGGUAUAUUUCCACACCGACGGCGCCCAGGCUGUCGGCAAGAUCCCUAUUGAUGUUAACGCCUGGAACGUGGAUUUGAUGUCAAUUUCCAGCCAUAAAAUUUACGGCCCUAAGGGUAUUGGUGCCUGCUACGUUAGAAGACGACCUCGCGUCAGAAUCGACCCCAUCAUCAGUGGCGGAGGUCAGGAGCGAGGUCUCCGCAGUGGCACACUUGCUCCCCAUCUGGUUGUCGGAUUCGGAGAGGCGUGCCGCAUUGCCAAAGAAGAGAUGCCGUACGACACCAAGCGCAUCAAUGCUCUUUCUAAAAGACUCACCGAUGGCCUGCUUUCCUUGGAGCAUACCUCGAUGAACGGCGACCCUGAGCGGCGUUAUCCCGGCUGUGUCAACGUCUCCUUCGCCUACGUCGAAGGCGAGUCUCUUCUAAUGGCGCUUAAAGACAUCGCCCUGUCUUCCGGGAGUGCCUGUACAUCUGCAUCAUUGGAGCCUAGCUAUGUCCUUCGGGCUCUUGGAAACAGCGACGAAAGUGCCCACAGUAGCAUCCGCUUCGGCAUUGGGCGUUUCACCACGACCAGCGAGAUCGACUAUGUCUUGAAAGCCGUCAAGGAGCGGGUCACCUUCUUGAGAGAGCUCAGCCCGUUGUGGGAGCUUGUCCAAGAAGGAAUUGACUUGAACACCAUCGAAUGGAGCCAGCAUUGA